CAGCUUCCUCCCAAUCGCGUGCUGGCGUAAAUCUGGUGACAUCGUAGAAGUGGGGCAGCUCGUUCGCUGUUUAUAAAGACCGACGCAGUCACGCACACAAGGCAAGGCUUGGGAAGACUUGGGAGAAGAAUGGCCGGGAAAAUGGACAAGACGACGAUCAUCGUCUCCGCGGUUGUCGGGUCCCUGGGGUUGCUGAGCGCCAUCCUGGGGUUCUCCGCCGAGGGCACAAAGAUCACUGUGACCGAUAUACUGGUCGGCGGCAAGUGCCUGUACCCGGAGAACCCCGCGACCGCGCUGGGGGUCUGCGCGGCCGUCUUCCUGCUGUUAGCGCAGAUCACCGUGUCGGCCGUCGGCGGCUGCUGCGGCUGCUGCAAGUCCCGGUCCAUCCCGUCGGAGACCAAGCGGAUAAUCGGCGUCAUCUGCGCUGUCAUGUCAUGGAUAGCGGCGGGGAUCGCGUGGUUUCUGUUCGGGAUGGGCGCGGUGGUGAACAACGACUGCUACGUCGUCAAGGACGGAAUCUUUGCUGGCGCGGCCGUGCUGGCACUCGCUGCCACGGCUUCCGGGAUCACGUCCUACGUCAUGCUCCGCAGGCAGGCCGACGAGGCGCCGGCCAAGCAGCCGCCGCUGGCCGGGGUCGCGAUGGGCCAACCGCAGUUCCCGCCGCCGCCAGAUUCACAAGUAUAGACAGCCAAAUGAUGCAGAAGAGAAUCAAUCCCUGGUUAUAUUGGUCACCAGUGACGACACAACUUUGUUUGUUUGGACUAAAAUUUCUCUGUAAACUGUGGGUGUGUUCAGCUCAUAUACUUUGACUGUUUCCAUAAAGCAACUUUUAGAGGCAUUUUGAAGUGGCAGGUUGAUGUCAUUGUCAGCGUAGAGUCAUAAUCCACCACAAUGCAACGCGCUCUUGAUUCAGUACACAGGUCAGUCAAAAAUUCACUAUGUGGUAUAUAUAUCACUUAGAUGGAUAGUUAUUAGGCCACCCGUCAUAUGUUUAGUUGUCUACUCCCCGUAUGUGAUCAUUGGCAUUCUUCGUACGUUUGGUUGUUUACUACUUCUAUGUUUAUAGAAGAAAUCCCUUAUAUUUAUAGUGCUCAUUAGUACAAAAUAAUUGAUAUAGAUUUUUCUGCC